AUGCAUUUCUUGGAGGAUUAUAAGCACAAGACUGAGAUUGAUACCCCAUAUUUUGAGUAUUUCGAAAUCAAAGACACUUCACUGGGUGAUUCUUCCAUGAGUGUUUCAUCCGCUCUAGUUGAAGCAUGUAUUUAUGGAAUCUCCCAAGUUGAGCUUCUAUUACUGUCUCGCGAUGCUAUGUCGUCUGUCAAUGCUGUUGUUUGUGAUUCUACUCUGCCCACAUUUCAUUAUCUUGUUGGUGAGUUUAUAACCUGGGAAUCGCUGCCAGACUUGCUUGAGAGCUCUCCUAAUCUUGAAAUUCUUGUAUUCCCAGAGGCAAGUUGGAUUCAAUUUCCUUUUAGGGACUUGUUGUUCCUAAAGAGGAUGGACGAGGUUUCCAUGGCUCUUAUUGGCAUCAACCAGAGGAGGACCCUAAAAUAUUUGCUGAAGUCUGCCAAAGUUUUGGAGAAGAUGAUAAUCCGAGGUUACAAAUUUUUUGGAAGGCCAAGAAUGCUGAAGAAGCUAGAGGAUCUUAGGAAUGAGAUAUUAGACUUCCCAAGAGAGGCUUGA